ACACUUCCUGUUUACAUUUUUCAAAAGAAAAUUUUAUGAAUAUUACCAACAUGGGAAGUUUUGAGAAGAACACUAGCUGGACAAGCAGAGAUACUGAGAUCCCAAAGUUUCCUAUUCAAAGGUUGGAACCGUCCAUACAGAAGUUUCUUAAAGUGAUUGAAAUGGACUUGGACAGGUUACAUAAACACAGGCUUAAUAUUGAAAAGUACAGCAGACUUCAGGAUUGGACUAACUUAAACAAAGAACAGAUAAACACAACCCGUACAGUUCAACAAAUCGUGAGCAAUAUCAAGGAAAUAGAAAAAACACGCAGACAGGUUCAGGACAGUGAUCUGCACAAGUUUGACGAAAAAAUUGAAGAUAUGAAAAACACGGCUAUUAGAUCCAUCAAAGAAUUUGCAGAAAUAGAAUCUACAGAAGCAGAGACUCAGCCAGAAUCUCAAGAACAUGAACAUGAUGAUGAAGAAGAUGCAAACCUCAACCAUCCACUCAUGCCAGGUAAACAUUCAGAUGACCCUACCAGAAAAGCCUCCGUAGAACUUGGGCUUGAACAGUUACAAAUUAAUCCUAAAAUCAUUGAAGACACAGAAGCAAUGGAGUCAUGGGAAAAUUUACAUCAAAAUCUAAUGGAGUUAAACACGAUGAUUCAUCAUUUUUCUACUGAAGUUCAUUCACAACAGGAAAAAGUUGACAACAUCCAGGAUAAUUUAGAAACUGCUCAACAAAGUAUAAAUGAUGGGACACGAUCACUUGGCGGGGCUUCAAAAUACAAGGCGGCCAUUUUCCCAAUAGCUGGUGCUGUGAUUGGUACUAUACUAGCUGGUCCUGUAGGAUUAGUGGCUGGAGCUAAGAUAGGUGGAGUGGCAGGGGCUGUUGGAGGUGGUGUUGUAGGUUUUACCGGAGGAAGAAUCAUUAAAUCAAGACAAGAUAAAAUUACAAAUAUUGAAUUGAGCAAUUUAAGUGAGAAAUCAACAGACUGUAGUAGUGAGGAUAAACAAUCUCCGGGGAAUAGUUGGUUGCCAUGGAACUGGUGAAUAGGAAAUGGCUGGUUCCCUUAGAACUGGUGAAAGGAAAUAGCUGGUUCCCAUAUGCAUGGAACAUGUGAAAGCUAUUUUAGUGCUUUAGAAUUUCAUAAGUAUUGCCAUAGGAAUUACAGAUAGGAUUAUAUUAUAUCAUAAAGGGUUAAAUUGACUUUAAACUGCAUAUCUCCUGCUUUCAUUGGUUCAAACUGAGGAUGAAAUAGACUCAUUAUUUUUAAAUGCAAUAUUGAAUUUCAUGUCAUACAUUUAAGAUGUACUUCCUAAAAAUCAUUAGAAAUAUGUUUUGUUUUGCAUUGUGCAGUACUAUAUUCAUUUUUUUCCCAUAUAUCUUCAAAAUGCAGAUUAUUCCAGUGUUUUGUCCACACUGUUUUAAUUUUCUAUUUUCUUGCCAUUUAUUCUGAAUUUCUGUUACUGGUAUUCUCUAAAGAAAGGUUGUGAAUUUCACUAAAUAGUGUUCUGUUCAUGUUUGUAGUAAACCAUGACAUUUUCUUACAUAGGUUGUGCAUUUCAGAGACAUUUCUGUGAAAAUUUUCUGAGGUCCAAGGGUAUAUCUUACAGUUCAGGGAGGACCUUUAUUAACACAUCAUUUCAGGCUAUAUUCAUGAGUGCAAAUAGUCUGUAACAAUUAAAAAAAAUCACAUCUAUGAAUGAAAAUCAUAACUUCUAAAUUGUAUUCUUAUAUGACGUGCUUCUUUCGCUUUGUAAACAACACCGUGAUAAAAUUGUCGAUAUAUCUAUACUAAGCGCAGACUCAGAUAUAUAUAUAUAAUAAUGGAUGUUACAACAUACCUCCCACGUAAAUCCACAUGUAUUGGAACCUAUUAGCAAUCACUUUGCCGAAUUUAUUGUGUUAAAAAUUGCUAUUAAAAAAAAAACUAAGAACUUUUAUUCUUAUUGGGAUGCAUAAUAAAAAAAAAUAAUGUACAAGAGCUUGGAGAAAUCAACCAAAUCAAAAUAAAAUAAAAUUCCGCAAAAGUCUAUUAAUAUUUUUGGCGCAUUGGAGUCAAUUCAAAACAUGACGUCAUACAAAUAAAAAAGCUAGAGUUGAAGGUUUUCCAUUACAUAAACCAUCGAA